AUAAAUUGAGAAUGAAAAUGAGUGUAUAUUGGGUGAUAGGCAGUAACCACAAUAACUGCUAUCUUCAUCAAUGGCCACUUCCUCAGCAGCAGCAACUCUCUCAUUUCUAGUCCCGUACAAUACUAUCAAAACUUGCAAUGUUUACUCUCCAAAAUGUUUCAUUGCCUUCUCAAACCCUAAAUUUUCGACGCCCAAUUCUUUGAUAAUUCGCCGUUUGGCUUCUUGCAAUUCCAGGAUACCCACUCGCCCUCUCUGCAGCUCUCUCCCCACUGUCUUCACAAACACGACCGAUUAUGAGUUUAAUGAUAGUGGUUCGUCUGAGAUGGAGUUGCGAUUAGAUCUUGGUAACGGAGACAUAAGUUCUAAUGAUAUAUCUGUUGAUGCAAAUGAGAGUUCUUUAUCUAUUAGAAUGCUGCAAUAUGGAUCUCUUCAGACUCUCAUGGAGACCAGUGCUCUGUAUGGGAAGAUAAAGCCUACAGAGACAAUAUGGUAUAUAGAUGAUGAUCAAUUGGUUAUUAACCUGAAGAAACAAGAUCCAGAACUGAAAUGGCCUGACAUUGUGGAGUCCUGGGAAUCCCUAACAACAGGAAUUAAGCAACUUCUGAAAGGAACAUCAAUAUACUUAGUUGGAGAAUCAACAGAAAUCAAUCAGACAAUUGCUCGAGAACUUGCAGUUGGUCUUGGGUAUACUCCACUCUCUACAAUGGAACUUUUGGAAACUUAUGUCAAGGAAUCCAUUGAUUCAUGGGCAAGUAGGGAGGGCUCAGAUAACGUGGCAGAGUCAGAGAGUGCCAUAUUUGAAAGCCUCAGUAGUCAUGCCCGUGCUGUAAUUGCGACAUUAGGAGAGAAGCAUGGUGCUGCUAGAAGAGCCAACAAAUGGAGGCAUCUUUUUGCAGGAUUCACAGUUUGGCUAUCUCAAUCUGAAGCUACUGACGAAGAUACAGCAAAAGAGGAAGCCAGAAUGCAGAUGCAAGAUGAUCUUCAAGGUUACUCUAAUGCUGAGGUAGUAGUUAAGCUUGCAGGUUGGGACCCCACUUACUCCAAGAAAGUUGCUCAGGCUUCACUUAGUGCCCUAAAACAAUUAAUUUUGUCAGAUAAAAACCUUACAGGUAAAAAGAGUUUAUACGUAAGAUUAGGGUGUCGAGGUGACUGGCCGGAUAUCAAACCUCCAGGGUGGGAUCCAUCAAAUCCUGAUGUAUCUUCUGCAUUGUAGUACAAGGCUUUUUGCCAGUUUUAUGGGAUUUUGUUGUCAUAAACAGCAAGUUUUGUUGACCAAAGUUCACAAUUUGCUAAGAUUGGAAUCUAGAUGUGCAAAACCAGCUAUUUCUGCUAUCAUAUAUGAAUUUUAUACAUUGAUUCCCUA